CAAAAAUAAACUGUGCCUGUGGUGUUGUAAGCGGUUUAAGGAAGAAACAUUUGUUUAUAUGCAUGUUUCCAAAUUCAGAAAGUUAGAAGUAGUGUCAAAUUUUAUUUAAUAUUCUGACUUUAACUCGAAUGUAGGAAGAUAAUGAUGUGCGACUGAUUAUUUUGAUAGGAAAGAUGCACUUUAGUACAUUGCUCUCAACAAUUAGUGUUGUUAAGUGAAGAUACGCUGUUGAAAAGCAGUAAAUGUAAUGUCUUACUUGAUUGGCAAUUUUCUGUUUCCGCCAAAGCCUCAGUUAUGAAGCUGUGAAGUCGACGUUCCAGGCUUUCUUUGAAGUGGUUGGAGUGUUGUGAUCAUAUAAUUUAAGCAUAUGAACCGUGUGUAAAAUGGCUGGGCCACAACACACAUUUCCCACAGGAUUCCCAAACCCACAGCAAGGUCCCAUGAGAAACCAGUUCGGAGCCGGCCCCCAGAUGGCUAGCCUCAUGGCUUCCAGUCAACAAGCAGAUAUGAAUGUUCUAUCAGAAUGGAAAAUGUUGUGUGCAGGACAUGUGGAGCACAUGCCCCUGCAAAAUCCUGAAGUGAUGGUUGGUCAGCAGGCAUAUGGUGUUGGAAUGCAGCCAAAUGCUCAGCAAGCAUUGGUACAGCAACAGCAACAACAGAAUCAACAAUUGCAAAUGCAGCAGCAACAACAAAUACAGCAACAGUUACAGCAGCAACAGCAGUUGCAGCAAUUACAACAGCAGCAACAGGCAGCUGUUCAGCAGCAAAUGCAGCAGCAACAGCAGGUAGCAGCAGUUCAAGGAGCCCAGCAGUCUCAGGUUGGAGUUGGAGGGCAACAGCCACAGCAGCAAGUUCCACAGCAGCCUGCACAAUCAAAAGAAAUCAACACAGCUUCCCUCUGCCGGUUUGGCCAAGAAACUGUUCAAGAUAUUGUAGCCCGUACUCAGGAAGUCUUCAUGGCACUUAAAACAAUUCAGCCCCCAAAUGGCACAGCACAAGGAACAAACACAAGCGCUGAAAGGAAGGCAAAACUUCAGGAACAGAUCCGAAAUGUUCGCAUUCUUUUCAAGAGAUUAAGGUUAAUAUAUGAUAAAUGCAAUGAAAAUUGUCAGGGUAUGGAGUAUACGCACAUUGAGAGCUUAAUUCCAUUGAAAGAAGAAUGGGAUAUGAAAUCAGAUGAGAAGAAAACAUCUGAAUCAUACCGUUUGGCAUGUGAUGAAAACAAAGAGAUUAUGGAGCAAGUUAUCCUGAAGAAUAGGCACUUGAAAGAAAUAAUAGACCAUCUGCGCCGCAUAAUAUGGGAAAUUAACACAAUGUUGACCAUGAGAAGAUCAUAACUUGAAUGGUUUUGACAUUCUUUCAACAACUGUUAGUUUUAUGCACGAAGAAAUUUAAGCAGUGUUAUUUUAUUUAGUGUAUGUUCUACUGACCAUCUCAAAAACAUCAUUGAGAUAAUAUCUUGUAGUGAAAGUAUUGCAGAAAAGUAACUGUGAAGGACUGUUAAAAUAAACUCAGAUCGGUUUUGGAAGUUAGGUUGAACUGAAAUUAAAAGCUAGCUUUGAGAAAGACCGUAUGUUCAAUGGGUUGUUGCAUGGUACUAUCUUGUUUUGUAAUCUUGAAAUAAAUUGUACGAAGGUUGGCUCACAAAUCAAUUGGAGCCCUUUGAACUUUCACUGCCAAAAACAACAUAAUUAUGGCAUUGUAAUUAUAAUAUAAAUAUAUUUUUUUGUUAAUUGUACAAGAAAUCUGUGUAACUUUUCCAUGUCAAAAGUAAUGUUGAUUUUUAUCUUUUGUAAUUGUUGACUUCAGUUGCCAGUAUUAAAUAGUAUGGACAUAACCAAAUAAAUAUACU